AUGGCUGCAAGCGCCAUUGCUAUGCGGGGGGUACGCUUGUUUCUAAGUGCGGGGAAAGCCGCGGCGCAGCGCCGGGCUUCCCCUCCACGGUCUCGUCGAGUCAAGACGGUCAUUCCUGUGAACAAGUUGCAGCAGUGUGUUGUUGAAGUAUUGUUGAAAGCUACAAAGUUUAACAAAAAUGAAUUGGAGUCACUGUUCACGAUCUACCGAAAGUUAGUGACAUCUGCUCAGAACGCUGCCCCUGCGUCUGUCAUUGGACAAUCUGCUGCUAAAGUUGAUGGCAUAGAUCAGAACACUUUCCGCGAUGUAAUGCACAACACAUUCGAUCUAGUUACUGAAGACGUUAUAUUAGACCGUGUGUGGCUCACGUGGGAGAGAGGGGCGAAUGGAGGAGAAGGAGCGUUGAAAUUUGAAGCCUGGGCUAGAGGCUUGAGCGUUCUUCUGAAAGGUUCUGAUGAGGAGAGACGAAGUCACUGUUUUGUUGUAUACGAUCUUAAUGGGGAUGGAUUCAUCACAAGGGAUGAAAUGUUCACGUUACUCAAGAAUUCCCUGUUGAAGCAACCGGGCGAUGAAGACCCAGAUGAAGGUGUGCGAGAUUUAGUCGAAUUGGUAUUACGGAAGAUGGAUAUAGACAAAGACGGAAAAUUGUCUAUCGAUGAUUACAAGCAAGCAGUUCAACAAGAGCCUCUGUUGUUGGAAGCAUUCGGACAAUGUCUGCCGUCGAGACGACACGCAGCGGCGUUCUUGAAAACAUUACUUAAUAAA